CGCUAAAAAGUUUUCGCGGACAUAUUUAAUUUAAUACAAAGAACAUUUUAGAACUAUGAAUGCCAAACUAAAUGCCGAAUUAGACAAUGCUUUACAGUGUCUGCUAGAAACAUAUCACCUGGCUCUAGAGUUUGGCGACGAAGAAUCGCAAAAUCACCAGACAUAUUUGGAUUUGGCUGACAAAUUGUUGUCAACUAAGGAGAAUGCCAAACGCAUGGAUGACGCCAUUGAAGUGGCCAAGGAACAAGGCACCCUUGAGGAUUUUGAACAUGAAUAUCAACAACAGUUGAAUACUCGCUUGUCUAAGAAAUAUGAUGUGAAAAAGUGUUCAGAUUUCAAGAAUUUUAAACAGCAAUUGUUGCAAAUUGCUCAGGCAAUGGAACAGGAAUGUGAGGUGGCCACGGGCAGCAAUGCGACACGCGUUGAAAGCGAUGAUUUUGUAAUGGAAAGCGAGAUAAAUGUAUUUGAUCCUCUAACCAAACAGCGUAUGCAAAAUCCAGUGCGCAAUACACUCUGUAAUCAUCAUUAUGAGAAAUCUGCUAUUCUAGAAGCCAUACAAAUAAACAAGCGUUUGAGAUGUCCCGUGGCAGGUUGUGGUAACAAAGCGUUUGUUAUUCAACAACAUUUGGUUGAUGAUAACAUGUUUAAAAUUCGUUUGCAAAAAAUGCAAGAUUUGGAAGCCGAAGACUAAUACACACAUUUUAAAUUACUAGGUAUAAGUUUCUAAUUUUUAUUUAAGUAUAUUUCACUGUUACAGUUUUAUGAAAUAAACACCAUGAAUUGUUUUCCUUUUUUAUCUCUCACAUUCCAAGAACCUCAA